AAUUCUUAAAAUCGAAUGUUAUUUAUAAAAAAGCUUUUUAUAUAGUUUCUCAGGAAUACUUAAUCAGCAGCAAAAUGUAUUUUUUAAAACACUAAAACGAAAAUAGCGCCCUCACUAACAAAAAGUUUAUUCAUAAACAAACAAAUACACGUAAGCAAGUGCGCUAUGUUUUUUUCGUCCCAAUUAUGUUUAUUAUAAACAGAUGUUACAAUUUUUUAAUAUGAAGAUAUGAUAAACAGAUAUUAACCUGUUAAGGUACAUGAACAAACAUUAAAAAGUGGGCAAUGAGAACUAUCAGAAACGUUGGGAGACUUAAAUCGAUUGCGCAUUAGUUUAUCGCAAUGCUCCAAUAGUCUAACUAACCUGAUGUACAAAAAUUACUAUACUUUCAAAAAUGGCACAGAUAUUUAGUUCAAAUUGUUCUGGCAUUUGGGCACCAAUACAACUCUCAUACUUUACAGCCGCGUGUUCUUUUUUUUUGGCUAUUGUGACGGUAUCUGGAAAUUUAUUAAUUAUUCUUGCAGUGUACAAGGAUCCACACAAAAAGCUUUGUGCGCCUUACAUGCUAAUGUUGGUAAAUUUGGCUGCAACAGAUCUAGUUGUGGGUCUAAUAACAAUGCCAAUGUCAGUUGCAACUCAUUAUUUAGAGGCGUUAGGGACAAAAAAAGAAACCCAUGUGACAGUUAGUCGCAUUGUUCAUUUUACCUCGUGUAGCGCAAGCGUUUUAAAUCUAGUUGCCUUGUGUGUUGAUCGCUACAUUGCAGUAACUUUGCCAUUUAAAUACAGGCAACUGUUAAACAGUAAGGUUUGUCUUUGUGUAUCAAUCUUUAUUUGGAUAAUAGCAAUCAUAAUUGGAAUGUUAUACUUUGCUUUUGACUUUAUGCAAUAUUUAUUUGUGUUUGCUCAAGUAGCCGUAACUUUAGCUCUCAUUAUAUGUGCUAUAACACACAGUUUACUAAAGAAGUUACAAAAGUCGUCGAAGGAAAGACAAGAAAUAACUAAUCGUUCAUUAAACCAUCGCGUACGAACCGCAGAUAAAAAAGUAAUGAAACUAUUUCUAACUAUUCUUCUCUGGUUUUUACUUUGUUAUAUACCCGCUAUUACAAUGAUGUAUACUUUAAAAUUUUGCAGAACUUGCGACUGCACUUCCCGUCAUGUAUUUCGCGACUUGCAAGUACUAUUUAUAGCUUCAAAUAGUGCAGUUAAUCCUUACGCAUGCGCUAUUCGCCUUAGAUCAUUCAGGAACGCUUUAAAAGCUAUUUUUACAAAAAAAUUAAAAGUUAUUGACGAUGAUGAGUUUAGCCCUAAAGUUAGUCAGAUUUUCAGUAGAAUUUCACUGUCUUCCUUUCGAAGAUACACAAGUCCUCAUCGUUCUUAUUCCGAUGAUAAUCUUCAUAACCCAACUAUGACAAUGGUAGUGUCUCCAUCUUGAUUUUUAUUAAUGAAGAGAAUGAUUUAAAUGUAAUUUACCAGAGACAUGCGAGAUAUUCUGUGUGUUGUUACCAAAAACAUCAAUAGUGUUUGGUUUAUUUUUUCAACGAUUUCAUAC